AUGCCCGGCCAACACGCUCCCCUGCGGUACAUCCGCCUCAAGCUCGCCAUGACCACUCUACGCGCGAUCCGCCGCAAGAUCCGCAUCCCCUCGCGCGACGGCGGCCGCACCAUUACCGCUUUCCUCUACACCCGGCGCGACGCCCCUUCGGGCGAGGGGGCGCUCUCGCCCGUCCUGCUCAACUGGCACGGUAGCGGCUUCGUCAUCAAUGCGUUUGGGACCGACGCCGACUUUUGUGCCCGCGUGGCCCGCGACGCCCGCAUCGCCGUCUUGGACCUCGAUUACCGCAAGUCACCGGAGACUGUCUUCCCCGGUGCUGUCAACGAUGUCGCUGACGUCCUGGACUGGGUCGCCGCCGAUUCGGAUGCGGGAGCCCGUCAGAUGUACGGCUUAGACCCGUCCCGCGUGGCCGUUAGCGGUUUUAGCGCCGGCGGCAACCUCGCCCUCGUUGCGGCCUCUUCUCUGCACGGCCAGGUCCCCGGCUUGGACCUUCGUGCCGCCGUCGCUUUCUACCCCGUCACCGACAUCUCCAUCGGCCCCGCCGCCAAGGUCGCCCCCAAGCCCAAGCGCGUCCUCCCCGUUCCGCUCCAGCGCUACUUCAACGAGUGCUACACCCCGGACCCGGCUGAUCGCCUGGACCCCCGCGUCUCCCCGUCCCUAGCGGAUCUGGCGUCCUAUCCGCCUACCGUCGCCAUCUUCACUUGCGAUGGGGACGGCCUCGCUCCCGAGGCCAACGCGCUGGCCGACCGCCUAAAUGUGGGGGACGCCGCGUGGUGCAUCGCAUGCUGGAGGAUGUCGCGCACGCCUUUGACAAGGGGUGCAAGGAAGGGUCGGUGGAGUGGAGGGAGCGCGAGGUAG